UUCUUAAUCCUUUGGGGGUAUAAAAUAAUGUUCCUUUGGGCUGCUGGCAGUGGGCUCUUCUCAUCCCUGGGACUCUGCUUUGAAGUUGGAAGUUGUGAAUUGGUCUUCCCUUCUUGGAGGUUCGGAAAAGAAACUUGUAAAGUAUUUUAGAGCUCCCUCCUCGCCAACCUGAGUUCUGAUGUCUGCUUAAAUCCUCGCUGUUUUCGGUGGUCUUAUACUGGUGUUUUUUUCUAGCGUGCCUGAGAGUUUCCCCUCCCCAACUCCACAAUGGUUCUUUCUGUAGGCAAUUUCAGGCUAGGAAACAAAAAACACUACGCAUCUUGAAAUAGGCUCCGAGAAAGGCAGCUAGCUUGAAGUAAAAGUGGUUAUUUCCUGCUUUACAUAGAGGAGAGAGAAAAAGAGCAGUGUGCUUUCUAUCUGAAACCUGCUGAUUUUUUUCAGAUGGAAGAUUUGCCUGUUUCAGGCUUGAGGUUUAGCUGUUGAGUGUCAACUGUCCUCUUUCCGUUGAGUUAAAGAAUGUGACUGUAGGUGCAAACAGUGCACUCUUAUCAGGCAUUGAGUAAAACAGAACAGUAUUUAGACCACAUCUGCUUGUAUCAUAUCUGAGCUUCGGAAUAUAGUAAAGGAGAAUCCACUGUUCCCUGGUUGUUUGUGGUGUUGGAGCAUUCCUAAAGAUCUAGGGAAGCCCCAUGCAGGAGUUUGAUUUGCGAAGUGAUGGCCCAGUGAUGCACCAUUGCCAGUUUCUCAUGUUGAAAGUUCCCAUAACUGCAUCGCAGGUCUUUAAAAUAGCUGCAUGUCAGCAUUACCUUAACUAACUGUAGGUUUAUCAAGUGGCUUGGCAGAGAGAGAGAGAAAGGGGAGGGAGAGGGGGGAGGUUGUACGGUAAGAGUGUCAGAGUUGGAAUCUUUGCACACCAGUUUCUAAGUGGUUUUUCUUGUUGAAAUUCCCAAGAGGAAUGGGAAAUGUCCUUGUUGACCUUUGUUUGAGGGAAGGGGGUCAUAAUGGACCCUGAGUUUCUCUCUCCUCAAUUGACAAUAGCACAAAUAAGUGUUGAGGAAGAGGCAGCCUGUUGCCAUUUCCUGAGCACUGGACUGUGGAAUUCACAAGGAAUAGAUACUGCUUAUGGAGAGGAGGGUGACAAUUCUAGCAUCCACUGUUAGACUUCAUAGAAAAGAGGAACGAAAACUAGAUGCUGGCAAACAAAUGACAGGAAGAGAUUAUCGCGUUAGUAGUAACCUGCAUGUGAGUGCAUGAUCCAGUGUGGCAGUUCUUAUGGUGCGUUGCCAAUACCGAACCCCACUUGCACCCUGUAUUACUGCCACAGAGAGGUGAGCAGUUAUACUUGCAUUGGGUGUGGACAAGUAUUAGCAAACCAGCAGCAGUAAUUUCCUGGGCAUUUCUAAAGCUUCCCAGCGGCAACCACUUUUCUGGAAACACUUGUUUUCCAGGAUGAUAACCCUUAGCGGCUGGUUCUUCUAGCAGUGCCUGCAGGCCUUACUGGCAAACCGAAACUCCUUUAUCUCAGGUGCCAGAACUUUAAACGAGCUGGGAAGCCAAAGUCUUCAUCCACAGCCACAUAAAAAAACUUGUUAGUCCUAUUCUGUGCAGAACGUGCCUAGCUUAAUUUGGUUUCAAAGUUUGCCUGCUUGCCAAAUUUGGACUUUUGCAGGCUUUUGGUUGUUGAAAGUGACAGCUGUUGCUUGGAGAAGCAGAUGUGGAGAGGUGCUGGAGGGCUUCUGUAGGAAGGAUGUUCACUGAAGUCCUCUGUUGAGGACUUCCUUCUUGGGGUGCUAAACACUCAGCAGAAAUAAAAAUGGUUUCUGAUUAUUUUUCUGUGAGGACUAGAGAGCUAACUAGCAUGUGUAGUAUUUAGAGCAGAGUUAUCCAAACACUGUGUCGGGACACGUUAGUGUGUCAUUGUACAAACACUCCCCACACUCCUCCUGGGGCUGGAAAGGGGUUAGCUUAACCUCUGGUUUGCUGUGUCACGAAAUGAUGCAUGUCUCAAAAGUGUGUCACCAGCAUGAAAAGUUUGGUAAGCUGUGGGUUAGAGUGUUUGGACCAAAACCUGAGGGAUCAAGGCUCAAAUCCCCCACUCGGCCAUGAAGCUCACUGGGUGUGGGUGACCUGGGGCCAGUCACUCCCUCUCAGCAUAGCCUACCUAACAGGAUUGCUGUGGGGUUUCAGGGAGAACCACGUACGCCACCUUGAGCGUCUUGGAGAACAAAAUGUGGGCUAUAAUACAAUGUGGGUUUGCAGCAAUCAGCCUGCCAGUUGAUGUGCGAUAAAGGCUGACUUCCUUUCCUAACCAUGUGCAGAUCUGGUCAUGCGUCCUUCCCCUUCCGAGCCUUGUUGAGUCUCACCUAGGACCUGCGGGAGCAGUGAUGAAUUUCAGCUUUACGGGGUAAUCGCUUUUUUACAGCUGGCCAUAAACCUCUUGCUUGGGCUUCUGAUCCAGUACAGUACUUAGCAUGACAGCCAGUUACCACACCUGCUUCUUUACCCUGCGCCAGAUCAAAUGUUUAUCCAGCAUGUUUUAAAAUAAUUACAAUUGUCAGGACUCUGGCCUUGCUUGGCAACUUGUAACGCUCAGGCUGUCGAAAUUACUCAAUGUCCCCACUGCCCCCUCAUUGUCAAUACUUGCUGCGAGAGGCCAGCAGGAAGGAGGUUGUGUUCAGGCAUUGCACUUUUCAGGUGCAUAAAGAGCUGCCAGUCUGGUUACCCCUGCCUCCUCUAAGAAGAAGAAGAAGAGUUUGGAUUUGCUAUCCCGCUUUAUCACUACCCGAAGGAGUCUCAAAGCGGCUCACAAUCUCCUUUCCCUUCCUCCCCCACAACAAACACUCUGUGAGGUGAGUGAGGCUGAGAGACUUCAGAGAAGUGUGACUAGCCCAAGGUCACCCAGCAGGUGCAUGUGGAGGAGCGGAGACGCGAACCUUCCUCCUCCUCCUCCUCCUCCUCCUCCUCCUCCUCCUCCUCCUCCUCCUCCUCUUGUUUUCUAUCCUCUUCGUCUUGUGUGGAUUUCCUUGGGCUUUUCAGUAUUGCAAGUAAAUUCUGGAGCCCCUAAGUUAACACAAGUCAGGCAGAUUCCAGGGCAGAAGCAGAAUAGGCCUGUUAGGUGCUUCCUAGUGGGGUUUCACUUGCUUGAACAAACUGUCACGGACAUGAGUCUACGUAUAUCUGCUCAGUGUUUAGGACCACAAGAGGUAUGCAUACUGCUGGGAGUAUCCAUUGCUCGAGGGAGGCCUUCAGAGGACAUUGCGGGGACACUGCAUGUGGAGAUGUGGUGAGAGUUCCUGAAGAAGCUUUUCCUCAAAAAUUGUCGUGCUAAUGCAGGUUCAUUAUAUAUCUCCGGAGGGUUGCAUAACAUUUAACCAGUUUUUUACCUGGUUCAAAGCCUCCCCCCCCCACAAAUUCAGUUGGUGAAUAAACAUACUGUAGGCGUACCUGCUUUUGUGACUAAUUCUGUGCCACCUUCAGGUUGCAGGAGAGUCUAAAAGAGUGCGCUAUGGUAUAAUAAAUAUUUCCGUACCACAUUGGAGACAUCUAAGCAGCUAAAGCAACAACAAGCAAUGAGCAACACACACAAAAUGAAAUGCUAUGCCCUGUUAGGCUCUUUAGACUGGAGCUGCCUUGUCUGAACAUGCGUCAAAUCCUGAAUAAUUCUGGUGUGAGCAAGAGUUUUAAAAGGACAAUAAAAAAGACUUAAGGUUUCACCCUUCCUCUGCUGAUCUCGGCUGCUGGGCUGCGUCCUAGAGGCAUGGAAAUGGCUGUGGGCUACCAUCUGCCCGCCAUGGCUCACAGCCUUUGCCAAAUUUGGCAGGGCUUUCAAAAGGCCUGCCUGUAGCUGCAUUUGUGCCUGCUGGCUUACUCUGAGUCAUGUUUUGGGGCUUGUGACGCAACAGGUGGGUUCUGCAUGAGGAAGUGGUUAGACUAGAGUAUCUUGAUGCUGGUGUUGAAGGACCUGGACUUUCCCUCCAUCCUGUUUCCUUGGAAGUUGACGCUGGCUUUUAAAAGCAUGGUGCCCUGAACUCGGAAGUAUCUUUUCCCAGCCUUUAACCAUGGCAGGCAGGGGAGAUGCAGUGAACAGGAAGAGUCCAGGCUCUCUGCCUUGCUCAGCUUUUCGCAAUGACUAGAGACUCUCAACCCCAUUCCUGCUGUGAUGCUCCUUUGAACAGAAGCUGCAGCAGCAGUAGUUGCUGGAGGUCAAAAGAGCCAUGCUUCCCGCUCAUCUUCUUAAGCUCAGCAGCAUCAGCUCAGAAAGUGAUUUUGAGUUAACUUCUCUCUGCCCCCACUUGGCCCCAGAAAUCAUCAUCAGGCCAUACUGAAAGUCAUCUAUUGCUUCUGGAGAAGAGAAGAUUCAUUCUCUUUGUGCCCCAAGGGGAGAACUCCUGUGAGUUAUCCUGAAAGGGGCUGCAACAGCUCCGUGGAAGUCGUAGACAUUGAAGUAGCAGUGAUACUACUGUUCUUUUUCCUUUAUAAGAACUAUAUUGAAUGCUAGUCAGAGCUUUAAAAGACCUGAAGGCUGUCUAGUUCACCCCCUAACUUGAGUGGGAUUCUUUGAAUCUUAGACUGCUAAUAGUUCAGUUCUUUAAAAUGUAGAAGAAAGGUCAGGUCAGCACCUUGAAUUGAGCCUGGAAGCAAAUUGGCAGCAAGUAUAGCUGCAUCAAAUUGGAAGCAAUGUGGCCUCUUCUCUGUGCUCUAGUCGAAAGAAGAGUUGCUGCUUUUUGUGAUAGUGAAAGUUUCCGAGCCGUCUUCAAGGGCAGUUCAGUGUAGAACACAUGUCUGUAAUCCUGUUAUGUGCAUGAUGGAAAGGAAGUCUCAUUUAGUGAGGAAGGGCUGCAGAAACCCGGCACAAAGAUUUGCAGCAGGACUAGGGAGCAACCCAAGGCUGCAUAGCCACUCUUUCAGGGAGAGCUGGACCCAACAAGUGGUUGCCGUAACCCCACAUGUCUGUAGUUGUGAUUCCUGCGUUGCCUAAGGACCCUCUGGGUCCCUUACAGCUCUACAGCUCCAUAAUUCUGUGAUCUCUUGUUCAGCUCUCAGAUCAGAAGAUAUUGGAAAAUAAAGUAAGGUGGCACCAGCAUAUUGAUGACCUUGCUCUUUCACACAGGGGUGCGUAAUUGUGGCAGGUCCAUAGUUCAGAUCAGCAAAAUUCAGGGAGGACUUUUCAGAACGGCUCAGACCACAGCCUCCUUCAUAGGUAGCAUCAUUUCACCCAGCCGCAGAGCUUUGUUUAUGGCUGCUGGUCCAUGAGGCUUCACUCCUUCCCAGUUGGCCCUCACCAGCUGCAAGGGUCAAGGGUCAAGAAAGCAAGUGGGUGGACACAAGUCCCCAAAGACUUUGCCCAGGUCCCCAGGAACCAAUAAAUGGAAUGGAUUCCAUUGUUAUUAUUAAAUAUAUUCCCUGCCCUUCAUCAGUAGGUUCCAUUGUGGGUUACAACAAUUUAAAAUUCAGAGUUAAAAACAGUUAAAGCAUUGCUUCCUGCAACUGUGGAGGCAGAACAUGGCCAUAUUGGCUAAGCAGUCUUUGAUAGCACUCUCCUCCAUUUAUUUGUCUGUGCCUCUCUUAAAGCCAUCCAAGAUACUGGCCACCACUGCCUCCGGUGGGAGGGAGUUCCAUAGUUUAGCUGUGCACUGUGUGAAGAAGUCUUUUCUUUUAUCUGUCCCAAAUCUUCCAACAUUCAGCUUCGUUGGAUAUCCAUGAGUUCUGGUGUUAUAUGUCAGAGGAAGAAACACUUCUCUAUCCACUCACGCCAUGCCAAGCAUUGUUUUAUAAACAUUGUUUUACUCUCCUUUUUUCUAAACUGAGAGUACUUUCUGGCACGAUUCCAUCAGAAGCAAACAAAUUAAAUGUUACCCCGUAGAAUAAGGAUGUUCAAACAGUUGUAGUUUGCUAAGAGGAGUAAGCUCAGCCUCGAGGUGAACUUUGUAUUCCUGUAAGUUCUCAUCUUUCAGUUAAACUUGGUUCGUGGCCGUCACUCAUUCCCCGGAUCUAGUGCAGAAGUUUCCUGCUUGCUGCUAACAAACCCCAAAAACAAUUCAGAGGCUCUGAAACUGCAGCCUGUGUUUUGGUGCUGAGAUCCAUGACUGAAUUCUUUUCAUUAAUCAGCUUUGCUGCAGAAAUAAAGCUUGAUGCUGGAUAAAUUAAUUCACGCACCCUAAAGACCAAGCUCAUUCUGCAUCAAUUGAAGUUAUUCUGGUGAGGGCGUCCCAAGAUGACCUUCUGACAUGAUGGGCCAGAUGAUUGCCCUUUCUUGAUUUAAUUAGCCUCCCGCAAAGUAGUUCAUUUAGGCUGGCUAGGAAGAUAAGGGAAAGUUAAAUGGCUUGCUCAACCCUGCAUCAAACCUAUUUACCCUUGUGAUGACAAGGAAGUGCAGAGCCUAGGCAUUGAAAACACAUUCUGAACUUUGUAUAUUUAAAGCUGUAAAUCAUGCAGUUGGCCAUAUUCUGCUCUACCUGAAUCUUGUUUAUGAGGCCUGGAUUUGAUGGAACAUUUUGCUGGGCUGAUGUGUCCCUGAUGGCGUUUCUGGGGAGCCUUGCUCUGAUCAUUAGCGAUCUGCCUUGUUCCAGUUGAGGUUUACAUGUCCAUCUAGCUGGCCCACUGCUACGGUAUGUGUUAAGGACAUAAGAAGAGCUGGACCAGCACAGUGGCCAACCAGAUACCCCAAAGGCAAGGCCAAAACCAGGAUUUACAACUCUCUCCUCCUGCGGCUUCCAGCAACUGGUAUUCAGAAGCAUUGCUUCCCCUGACUGUGCUGGCAGAACAUAGCCAUCCUGGCUAGGAGCCAUCAAUAGCCCUCUACUAUACUGAUUUGUCUAAUCCUCUUCUAAAGCCAUCUAGAUUGGCGGCUGUCACUGUCUCCUGUGGGAGCAUCCAUAGCUUACCUAUGCACUGCAUGAAGGAGGACUUCCCUCUGACUGGCACCAGCUCUUCAGCUUCUAAGGUUGAGAAAAGCCUCUCCUGUCAACUGUUACUUGACAGGGAUUGAACAGGAGACAUUCUCAAUGAAAAGAGCUGUGCCCAGCUUGAAAGAUCUCCUUUUUUGUGUGUGUGUAAAUGAACUGUGGGCAGCACGCUUCAUUCUUUCCAAUAGCUGCUCUGGAGUCUGACUUCUACAGGAUUUUCAUUUUCCAUGUCAUGUUUCACCAUAGCUAUAUGUCUCAUUCACAGGAAUCGUUCCAAAAUUACGUCUGCAGAAUUUGCAGAGGUGUUUUUGUUUGUACUUUUCUUUUAAAAAAAUUGUUGGUUUUUUUUAAAAAAGACAUUUUAAACAUGAUCUGAGCCAGAAAGGCUGGCUAAAUUCACAGUUUACUUCUGAGUCAUCAUACAUUAAAAUCGUAGCUCUAAUGCACAUAGCACAAAUAAAAACAUCAAAUCUCAACACUUGUGCUAUAAAUUAUUAUUAUUUAUUAUUAUUAUUUUUAAAAGAUUGCUGUCUGAGAUCCUUAGAAGUGGAGGGGUUUGGAGCUGGAUCUGCAGUGUAGACCCUUCCCUCAGGGCCGCAGUGCUGAGAAUUCUGCCGCAUCGACCAGGCCUUGUGCCAAAACGAAGAUGAGCAGCUCAGCUUCGAGGCCGUCCUCAACAUCCACAAGCAGAUGGAUGACGAUGCCAAUGGCGAUGUCGACGUGGAGGAGAGCGACGAGUUCCUGAGGGAAGACUUGAAUUACCACGACCCAACGGUCAAACACAGCACCUUCCAUGGAGAGGAUAAGCACAUCAGCGUGGAAGAUCUUUGGAAGGCCUGGAAGUCGUCUGAAGUGUACAACUGGACUGUUGAUGAGGUGGUACAGUGGCUCAUCACCUACGUGGAGCUGCCACAGUACGAAGAGACCUUCAGGAAGUUGCAGCUCUCAGGACAUGCCAUGCCAAGGUUGGCAAUCACCAACGCCACCAUGACAGGAACUGUCCUGAAGAUGACCGACAGGAGCCACCGACAGAAGCUGCAGCUCAAGGCCCUGGACACGGUGCUCUUUGGGCCGCCUCUCUUGACCCGUCAUAACCACUUCAAGGACUUCAUGCUGGUGGUAUCCAUUGUGAUCGGGGUGGGCGGCUGCUGGUUUGCUUACAUCCAGAACCGCUACUCGAAAGAGCACAUGAAGAAGAUGAUGAAGGACCUCGAAGGUCUCCACAGAGCUGAGCAGAGUCUGCACGAUCUCCAGGAAAGGCUCCAGAAGGCCCAGGAAGAGCACCGCACGGUGGAGGUGGAGAAGGUCUCCUUGGAGAAGCGGCUGCAGGACGAGAUCAGCAUCGCCAAGCAGGAGGCCCACCGGCUCCGGGAGCUGCGGGAAGGGACGGAGAAUGAGCUCAGCCGGCAGAAGUAUGCAGAGCAGGAGCUGGAGCAGGUACGCCCUGGCCGGGAGCAGCCCCCAUGCCGGGUGCGCAUGGCGCUCAAGAACGCAGAGAAGGAGCUGGAGUCGCACAGCAGCUGGGCCGUCCCCGAGUCCCUGCAGAAGUGGCUGCAGCUGACCCACGAGGUGGAGGUGCAGUACUACAACAUCAAGAAGCAGAGCGCCGAGAAGCAGCUGCUCCUGGCCAAGGAAGGGGCCGAAAAGAUAAAGAAGAAGCGCAACACUCUCUUUGGGACAUUCCACGUUGCCCACAGCUCGUCCCUGGACGACGUGGAUCAUAAAAUCCUGACUGCCAAGCAAGCCCUGAGCGAGGUGACGGCGGCCCUGCGGGAGCGGCUCCACCGCUGGCAGCAGAUAGAGAUGCUCUGCGGCUUUCAGAUUGUGGUCAAUCCGGGCAUCCACACCCUGGUGUCCGUCCUCAACAUCGACCCCACGUGGAUGGGAAGCUGCACACGGCCAAACACCUCCCACUUCAUCAUGACCGACGACGUGGACGACCUGGAUGAGGAAAUCGUAUCCCCUAUGUCCAUGCAGUCACCCUCCAUGACCAGCAGCGUCCGCCAGCGCCUCGUCGACCCUCAGCACUCCUUGGGAUCACAGAGAGAUUUAUCGCACUCCGACUCGGAUUCCUCCAUCCCUCACCUGAGCAACAGCCAGCGCACGUCCAGCUCAGCCCCCAGGCUGUCUGCCCGGCCAGCGCUGCUCAACAAGUCAGAGGAAGCGGCAGUGGCGGCUGCCUGUGGCUACAGCAACCGGCAGGUGGAGGCUUCCUCUUUGCCGGAGGCGUUCCCCGAGAGCCCCAUCCUCAUGAAGAAGGCCGUGGUGCUGAACCACGGCCUGGAGAAGUCGUCCAGCCUGGGGGAGAUCAGCCACACGGCUGGGGCAGGGGCCCCCCGCCACGCCCACUCCGACUCAUCCCGCUCACACAGCCCCAGCUCCACCGAGCCCGACACGCCCUCACCCACCUCCGACCCCCGGCUCAACAGCCAGGGCAAAGCGGGAAACAGCCGCAUCCCCCACCUGGCAUCCAAGAAGAACGCGGCCGGCGGGGAGGAAGACAGUGGCUCCACGGGGGAAGAGACCGACUCCUCGGGGCAGGGCAAGAAGAAGUUCCCCCUGAAGAUCUUCAAGAAGCCCAAGAAAUAAGUCUGGGCCGGGGGGGUUAGCAAGGAGGGAACCCCCCACCCAAACAGCCACACUGGGACGGAGCAGGAGGCGAGGGGAGGGGGAGCACCUUGAGGAGGAGGGCCAAGAGCACCCACCCACCCACCCACCUCUCCUCCUCCUCCUCCCCCAGGAUCCCUCUGCUCUCCGGGUGGAGGAGCUGCUGGUGGAACGCCCCUAUUUAUUUUGUGACGUCGGCCUGGCCGCCUUCCUCGCGCCGGAGGUGGGGGGGGGGUCCCUUGCUUUUGGCUGCGCAUGGCUUCAGACGAGCUCUCCCUCCUAGCCCUCUCGCCACCGCCACACCAUGCGACACUGGAUCCGUUCACCCCGCUCCCCCUUUGUUCGUUGCUUCCCCUGCGCACCGCAGCGGCCCCGAGGAGGCUCAGUGGCAGGGAAGGAGAGGGUUUUGCAAGGGGAUUGUUGUUGGGGAGGGCGUGGGGGUGCUCGCCUUGCUUGUCCGACCCCCACCCCCCAUGUGGGUUUACUUUAGGGACUAGCCCCUUUCCCUCAAGCGAAGCAAAGAAGGAGCAGGAAGAGGGCGGGCCAGGACUGUGGGGAGGAGUGGGGAGAGAGGGGGAAGAUGAGCUCCAUCGCCCUGCAAAAGCCCACUGGGGCAGAAGCCUGUUUUUUAGAGCCCUUGGUGAACACCAGCUGUUCAUUACAGACCAAAAGGGGCAAGUUCAGCCCCCAGCUCUAUGGGCAGGAGACCACAAAGCGGCCACUUGGCCCCAGAGCAGCAGGGGCUUUCCUUCUCCCCACAUGUCCCCUUGAGGUGGAAAGAGGCCUUGUCUUUCCUGCAAGCGGUGCUUGGCUUUGGGGGGGGGUUGUCCCUGCAAGAGCUGGGGGGGGGGCUUUCUUGUGUCUGCUUUCUGGCCCACAAAUAAGCAGGAGGCUUUGCUGAGCCUAGAAGCCUUCUGCAAGAGCUUCCCCACAUUGUAGAGUUGCUGUCUGCCCCGGGACAUCCCUGCUACAGCCAGGUCUUGCCCUAUGCACGAGGGAGGGACGCAGGGAGACCGGAGUUGGCCUGCCUUCGGCUAGCUCAGCUUCUUGGCCAUGCCAGGUGCCUGGCUGCGUGUUGCCAAGUGUAGGAGACCCCCUGCCCUCCUGGUUGCAGCUUGUGUAGGGUUGUGCAUGCAAGAGAGCUGCCUCCCAUUCCCUCUCGCAGGCUCUGAAAGGCUUCUGGGUUUUGUUUUUGCACUUUGGAGCAAAGGUGGACAGGUUUGGGCCGCUGGUGGCCUCCUUCCAUGGCAGACCCAGGUCCUCUUCCCCGAUAGCAGCCUCCCCUCCAGAGCCAUGCCUGCAUGCCUGCCAAGGACAGAGGAAGGGCUUUGGGGAAACUCUCAGAGACUUGAUGGCCAAACUGGCACCGCUUUGAGCUUCCUGCUGUUGCUGCUUCUCCAUCUCCAAGUGCCUGCGCUGUCCGCCACCUGGGCCUUCCUCUGCCAGCUUGACAAUGUCCAGGUGGGAAGGCGAGAGACCGGGCACUUGCAGGGAGGGGGGCCUGGCCUCGGCUCAAGCAGAGGAUGGGGCGACCCCCACCCCACCCCCAAGUUCCACCAUCCAAGGCCAUGAAGACCAGAGGCCCAGGCCAGCUUGAGAACCCAGGAGGAGCAUGGCUCUCCCUUCUACCCUUGCCACGCACCAGAGGAGGCGCAACAAGCGCCAAGGAAAGCAGCCUCCACAGCUUCCUCUUCCUCCAUGAAUGAGAUCCUGCCUGCCUGCCUGCCAGCUUCUGCCCUGGGCAGCAACGGGCACAAGGAGACCGUCCUGUCCCCCCAGCGCCAGGCCACCCUGCUCUGCACCUGCCAAGUCUUGAUCUUAUUUAAUGGCCAUUUCAUAAAACUGUUUUCAAUCCAAUAAAAGCAUGUAGAUUAUUUUAA